CUCCCUCCGGUCCCCAGCUCUCAUUGGCUCCCUCCGUGCCCGAGAUCCGGCGGGCAGGCACCCGGCAGGAGCCCGGUGAGGAUCGGCCCCGGCUGGAUUUCUAGGGCCCUUGCGGCUCGUCUGUUGCAUUCCCCUGUCUUUACAGACGAGGAAACCGAGAUGGGGGCUCUGGGCCUUGCCCCGGGUCAGACGGGUUCCUUGGGGAGUGAGGGGCAUGAACCCCGCUGGGGGACAGACGUCCCAGCAAGCUGGGCCCAGGGGAAGGAGGACCCGGAGACUCCGAGAACAGGACCGGGACGUGCGGCUGUCCAAGGCUCUGUCCUAUGCCCUGCGUCAUGGGGCCAUUAAGAUGGGGCUACCCAUGGGCUCAGACGGCUUUGUGCCCCUGGAUGCCCUUCUCCAGCUGCCCCAGUUCCGGGGCUUCUCCUUGGAGGAUGUGCGCCGUGUGGUGGAAACCAAUGAAAAGCAGCGGUUUGCCUUGCGCCCCGGGCCCCCUGGCUCCUGCGUCUCCAUCCGAGCCAACCAGGGCCACUCCCUGCAGGUGGCUGACCUGGAGCUGACACCCCUGAGGACUCCCCAGCACCUGCCCCCCGUUCUGGUCCACGGAACGUACCGGCGCCACUGGCCCUCCAUCCGGCAGGAGGGUCUGUCUCGUCGCGGGAGGACCCACAUCCACCUGUCCCCCGGCCUACCUGGGGAACCCCACGUCGUUAGUGGCAUGCGGCAGGACUGUGAGGUGGCCGUGCUCAUCAACGGGCCCUUGGCCCUGGCUGAGGGGGUCCUGUUCUUCCGCUCAGCCAAUGGGGUGAUCUUGACUCCGGGGGAUGCCAGGGGUUUCUUGCCCCCCAAGUACUUCAAAGAAGCCCUGCAGCUGGGCCCCCCAAGGAGGCCUCUUCCUCUGGCUGAAGAGGAGACAGAGGGCCAGAGUGGUCACCAGGGUGCCUUGGCCAACAACUGAGGGAAGAGCAUGCGGAGAAUCCAACUGUGAAAUAUUUAUUUAUAAAAAGACAAAUAAAAACUAAUAAAGAAAACA